AUCUAUAGCUGUUAUAUCUUUUGAACUUUUAUACAUCAGUAAACUGACUAUUCGCACUCAACUCGAUUAAGUAAAUUCCCCAGGAGUAAUUCGUUUAAAUUCCAGUGCCCAAGAGCGUAAAAGAUGAUCACCCGUCUGAAGAACUGGACGCGCCUGCUGAACGCCCGCCACUCCAUCCACCAGUUCACCCACCUGGCCGGCCGCCUCCAGCGUCCGCCUCAAUCCGGCAAAUCCUCGCGGGAUCCCUACUUCGUCACGGCGGUGCAGGGAAGAUCCAAGAAGCCGCGAUAUCCGGGAGAGCGGGCCAAUCGGCGGUUCGGGGAGGACAGCUGGUUCGUCAGCUCCACGCCGCAGGCCGAGGUGAUGGGCGUGGCCGACGGCGUGGGCGGGUGGCGGGAUGUGGGCGUGGACGCGGGUCGCUUUGCCAAGGAGCUAAUGACCUGCUGUUCCGGGCAGACGCAGCGCCCGGGCUUCGAUGGACGCAGUGCCCGGAAUGUGCUCAUCGCCGGCUUCCAGGAGUUGAGCCACCGGGAGCAGCCUGUUGUGGGAAGCAGCACUGCCUGCCUGGCGACGAUGCAUCGGCCGAUGGCCGUGUCCACGAGGCACUCCUUGCUGCCGGGCGACCUGGUGCUCCUGGCCACCGAUGGACUGUUCGACAACAUGCCCGAGAGCAUGUUGCUCAAGAUAUUGAGUGGUCUGAAGGCGCGUGGGGAGCGGGAUCUGCUGCAGGGCGCCAGCCAGGUGGUGGAGAAGGCCAGGGAACUGUCCUUGAGUGCCACCUUCCAGUCACCCUUCGCCAUCAAGGCCAGGCAACACAAUGUUUCCUACUCCGGCGGUGGGAAACCCGAUGACAUCACCCUAAUCCUGGCCAGCGUCGAGGUGCCAAGUGCCUAGUCAUCUCAGCAGGCAUUCUGUCGCCAGCAGGUGCCUCCAGCAAAUAUUAGUCCCUGUCCAUCAGCAGUCGGCGAUGCAAACCCAAAUAUACUUUGUUUAUAAAGAUAUAGGUCUUCAAAUAUACAUCAACUGGCAUAUUUAUAGAAA